UGCCACCCUUUCACUUAGUUGUACGUACCCAAAACCAUAAGCAGAGGCUUUAUAACCAGCUGUUAGCCUGAACGCAUCCCUGCACUACUUCCGACGGUCGUGUCGUGAUUGCUACUCGGCGAACACAGCUGAAGAACUUGGGGAACAUGUUGCGUUUCACAGCAGCUCUUUUGAGGAAUGCCUCUGCUGCCAAUGGGCAAACUCUCCUUAAGCUUAGCCCAGCAGCCGUUCAGCAACAGACCAGGCUGAAUUCUGAUAUUGACUAUGUGAUCCCUGAUCACUUGAAAGGAAUUGAGGAUGCUGAAGAUCCUCUCUUCUUUGACAUGGUCGAGUUCUUCUACCACAAGUCAUGCAAAAUCCUCCAAGAGAAAUUGGUUGAAGACUGGAAGGCACCUCGCAUGAGCACUGAAGAGAAACGCAAGAAGGUUAAAGGCUUGCUUAACAUCAUUCAGCCCUGCCAUCAUGUUUUGGAAGUCUCUUUCCCCCUCAAGAGGGACAAUGGUGACUACGAGAUGAUUGUUGGCUACCGUGCUCAGCACAGCCACCAUCGUCUGCCCUGCAAAGGAGGUAUCCGUUAUUCCGAUGAAGUCAACAUCGACGAAGUUAAGGCCUUGUCAGCCUUGAUGACUUUCAAGUGUGCUUGCGUUGAUGUACCAUUCGGCGGAGCCAAAGCUGGAGUUAAGAUCAACCCUCGCAGCUACAGCGACAAUGAAUUGGAGAAGAUCACCCGUCGCUUUACCCUCGAGUUGGCCAAGAAGGGAUUCAUCGGACCCGGCAUCGACGUCCCUGCCCCAGAUAUGGGUACCGGUGAACGUGAAAUGGCCUGGAUUGCCGACACUUAUGCCUCCACCAUCGGUUACAAUGACAUCAACAGCCAUGCCUGCGUAACUGGUAAACCCAUCAACCAGGGAGGUAUCCAUGGCCGCGUUUCAGCCACAGGCCGCGGUGUCUUCCAUGGCCUCGAGAACUUCUUGAAUGAAGCGUCUUACAUGUCUAUGAUUGGUACCACUCCCGGAAUGGGCGGCAAAUCCGUCAUCAUCCAGGGUUUCGGUAAUGUCGGUUUGCAUACGGCAAGAUACUUGCACCGUGCUGGAGCUACCGUUAUCGGUAUCAUGGAAUACGAUGGCUCCAUCGUCAACCCCACCGGCAUUGACCCCAAGGAAUUGGAAGACUAUAAAAUUGAGCACGGAACUAUUGUCGGCUUCCCUGGUGCCCAGCCCUACACUGGUGAAAACUUGCUGUACGAAAACUGCGAUAUCCUUGUUCCUGCUGCUAUUGAGAAGGUUAUCAACAAGCAAAAUGCCCACAGGAUUCAGGCUAAGAUCAUUGCCGAAGCUGCCAACGGCCCAACUACCCCGGCCGCCGAUAAGAUUCUCAUCGAGCGCAACAUUCUGGUCAUCCCCGACUUGUACAUCAACGCUGGUGGUGUCACCGUUUCCUACUUUGAAUGGCUGAAGAACUUGAACCACGUCUCUUACGGUCGUCUGACAUUCAAAUACGAGCGCGAAUCCAACCACCACCUUUUGGAAUCUAUCGAACAGUACCUGGCUUUGGAAUCGGUUCAGCAAUCUUUAGAAAGGAGAUUCGGCCGCGUUGGUGGAGCUAUUCCAAUCACGCCAUCGGAGUCUUUCCAAAAGAGAAUCUCGGGUGCGUCUGAGAAGGACAUCGUACACUCUGGCUUGGAUUACUCCAUGGAGCGAUCUGCCAAGGCCAUUAUGCGCACCGCUAUGAAAUACAACUUAGGAAUUGAUUUGCGCAGUGCCGCCUACGUCAACUCGGUCGAGAAGAUCUUCCAAACUUACCGAGAGGCUGGCUUGACCUUCACAUAAGCUAUUAAGACCCUUUUUUGGUCUAACAUGCAAUAUGU